ACACAUCCUUCCGUUUUUUUUUCCGCUUUUAAAAACAUAGACCCUACACACCUAUAUUCACACACACCCCGUUCAGUGUGGGGGCUGAUGAAUACACAACUUGUCCUGCGCACAAAUCUAUGUCUAUCUCUGAUUUGAUCUAUGCCCGAAUUACCUACAUAAUUUGGGUGCUUCUGCAUACUUAAAUAUUAUUUAUUGUAAGGUUUCCCUGUUAUACAUACAUACCUUUAUAUAUUUACAAACGUACACUUAAACCACAGAGGAUUGGUUGCCUUGGAGCACAUGUAAGAGAUUGUAAAAUGUUGAAGUUCAAGGCCAUGCUGCCGGAGUCUCGUAUCUGAAAACAGACGUUUGCCGACCCCUAGUGGCGUCUGAGUGUAACACCCACAAGGUUCCAGUCGAUUUAAUGGACUGUGAUUAUAACACACAUCAAUAAUCUGUGACGGGUCACCAUGACUUAAUGGAAACUUUUUGAAGCUCAAAAUGAGUUCAUUGACAUAUGUAUUGUUUCUGAUAAAUAAACGAAUAAAUAAAAUACAUUUCAACGAGGCUGAUGCUGUUGGGCGACAACCGGAAGUGACGUUUAUUUCGGUCGCGCACCACACUGGAUGGGAAAUAGCUCAAAUCGAGUGGCUACAUAAGUGUCCUUUUAGCCAGUUUGAACUGUGAUAGUUAAUCAAUUAACAUUAUACACCUUGUCACUCACUAUUGCUACAACUUGAGCUCCUUUAAAAAAAGUUAUUCUUUUAAGUCGGCUGUCCGUCCUGUGAGGAAGACAUGGCCAUGCUAGGGUUGGCGAGCUUCAUCCAAGGUGACUUCCGCGGUGGCGCGACGUCGCUCCUGAGGUGCGCUCUGAGGGCGGCGAGGGACCAACAGAGAGCCCCUCUCCACUCCCCCCUACAGAAGCCCCCCAACACCUCAACACCGCAGGCCGUCUGCCGAUACCAGCCUCUUAACAGUAGUUCCAGACUCCUCGGUUGUACAGCUCGGCCCACCGGUCCAGCUCAUUUUAUCCACAGAUGCUUCCUCACCACGGGCCCCAAGCCCGGCGCAAAAUCGGCCAAACUGCAGCUCCGGACGCGGCUGGUGGUGACCCUGGUGUUCGGGGCGGGUCUGAUGGGGGUCUGGUGGUACGUGUACUCGGAGAAGCAGCAGAUGGCGCAGAGACAGCGCAUCGAGCAGCUGAAAAAGGUGGCCCUGGGCCAGGGCAACUUCUGCCUCACGGACCACACGGGGCGCCGGCGGAACAAGAGGGACUUCCUGGGGGAAUGGGUGCUUCUGUACUUCGGGUUCACUCAUUGCCCGGACAUCUGCCCCGAAGAACUGGAAAAGCUGAGCGCCGUGGUGGCGGCGCUGGACAAGGACCCGGCGUUGCCCCGCGUACAGCCGCUCUUCGUCACGGUGGACCCGGUGCGGGACGAUGUCGCAGCGGUGGGUAAAUAUGUGAAGGACUUCCACCCCCGGCUGAUCGGACUGACGGGCACCGAGGAGGAGGUGAAGGAGGCGGGGCGGGACUACCGCGUGUACGCCAGCGCGGGGCCCAAGGACGAGGAUGGGGACUACAUCGUCGACCACACCAUCCUGAUCUACCUAGUGAACCCCGACGGCCUGUUUCUGGACUACUACAACCGCAUGAAGAGCGAGGAGCAGAUCUCCGAGAGCAUCCGGAACCACAUGAAGGUGCACGUGAAGUUGUGACCAGUUUCGAUGCUUAUUGACUUUAGGAACUCACACUUCUGUGGGUGCACUUGACUCCUAGACAGAACCUGCUGCGGUUAGCAUAACCAUGAGGAGUUCUGGUUGUUUAAUGUUGGCUGUAAAAUGACAUCUGUGUAUAUACAUAAACAUCAAACAAUAUUUGUGCAAUGUCAA